AAAUAUGAAGUGCCAAAUCCAUUCACAAGUUUGGACGAUUAUGCAUUUGCCGAGUGCAAUUGGACGACUGUUAUUGUACAUGAAAAUGUGACUCAAUUUGCCAUUGGCGUAUUCCAAGAUGCACACAUCGAAGUUGUGGAACUGCCCAACACGAUGUCUGAAAUUGGCGAUGAAAUGUUUAGAGAAUGUGCUUCUUUGAAAGAAGUAAAAUUGCCAAACAAGUUGACACGAAUAGGAAUUAACUGUUUUGUUGGGUGCACAAAUUUGAAACAAAUACAAUUGCCAACUUCAAUUCAAAUAUUAGACGACAACAGUCUUGGUGAUGUUGAAGUCAGUAACACAUACUCAGAGUUUGAAGUGUUGCAACACGUCGGUAAAAACGUGUUGAAUAAAUUACACUUCACAACUUUUGUACUUCCAGAAGACGUUAAAGACGCAAAUUCGUAUUUUGAGAAUUGCAAAGAGCUCACAGCUGUCACUUUCAAUCAAUCAAUUUGUGAGUUGAACAGAACAUUUUGUUAUUGUGAAAGUCUCAAAGAAGUUGUCAUUCCCGAAACCAUCACUCAAAUUGGCGAUUUUUGUUUUUCAAAGUGCAUUUCACUCACACACGUCGACCUUCCACAAAACAUAUGUACACUUGGUGAUAAUACAUUUGAGAGUUGUGUGUCUUUGAACGUAUUAACACUUCCACACAAUGUCACCAAACUUGGAAAUAAAUGCUUCAAAAACUGCAAAUUACUUUCACGCAUCAAUACACGACACAUCAUAAAUAUGGGCAAAUCGUGCUUUAAAAACUGCACACAACUCAGUGCAAUAACUGUGAAAUCAACAACGCGAUAUGGAAUAUCAUGCUUUGCACACUGCAACAUUAAGAGUGUUGUCUUUCCAAAAGAAGUGGUGACGUCGUAUGUGAGUUCCGAAGAGAGGUUUUGCAAUUUUGACACACACAUUGUCGACUUUGGUUUGAAAAUGUUUGUGUCAGCAACUUCGCUGCAGUCCGUAGCAUUGCCAACAAACAUCGAUGUGUUACCCAAUAUGAUGUUUAGUGGGUGUGUUGCACUUUCAUCGGUCAAAGGCACCAACCACGUCACUGAGAUUGGCAAUUCGUCUUUUGCAAAUUGCUGCCGUCUCACUGAAAUUCAAUUAGAAAAGGUUGUUAGCUUUGGUAACAGUGCGCUCUGUGGUGUUGGCAUCACACACAUCAAUUUCAACACACAAACAACACGACUUGGCGAAUGUUGUUUGUCAAACACGCCAAUCACACACAUUGAAAUACCAGAAGCUGUUUGUGAGAUGUACAAGAUGCUUGCAGACUGCGACAAACUGGAGGAUGUCACUUUAUACAGCGAUUAUCUGUACACCCCUCUGAUAUUCAGUCGGUGCACUUCUCUCAAAACAAUCACUUUUGCAAAUGACACCAACAUCAUCAAAACUGACAUCUUCAAGGAUUGCGUCUUGUUGGAGAAAGUCGUGUUUUUUGGUGAAAUCAGUGAUAUUGGUAAUCAUCUCUUCAAAGAGAAGACUAAAUUGCAGGAAGUCUACUUCCCAUCGACGUUGACACACAUCGGACGUGAAGUGUUUUCUGGGUGCGAACAGCUGACCAAAGUGGGCGACUGUCAACGCGUCCAAAUCAUUUCACAAAAGGCGUUUCAAAACUGCAAAAGUCUGAAGGAGAUGAACUUGUCGUCACAUCUCAAAAAGAUAGAGAUGAAUGCAUUUGUUGGAUGCACAAGUCUGGAAACCGAAUUCUGCAAUACAUUUGGAAUUACUACUGAAAUAUUACCAACAAAACAAACGAAAAAGUAA